AUGCAUUUCCAGCGCCCGACGUGCAUCAUCACUUCGAUAGUUGUUCUCCUGGCUACGCUCUUCCUGACGCAUACCUACACCGGCCUCUUCUCUCGAGUCCCGCUCCCCAUCUUCAAAUCACCAUCACCAUCAGACAACAUGGGUGGCGGUCCAGGUGAAGGCUUCCGUUCGGUGGCCUACUUCGUCAAUUGGGCCAUCUACGCUCGCAAGCACCGUCCCCAAGACCUUCCCGUCGAGAACCUCACCCACAUCCUCUACGCCUUCGCCAACGUCCGCUCCGACUCGGGCGAGGUUCACCUGACUGACGGCUGGGCCGAUACCGACAUCCACUGGGAGGGCGACAGCUGGAAUGACGUCGGCACAAACCUGUACGGCUGCCUGAAGCAGCUCAACCUCCUCAAGCGCCGCAACCGCAACCUCAAGGUCCUGCUCUCCGUCGGCGGCUGGACCUACUCGUCCAACUUCAAGAACCCCGCCAGCACCCCGCAGGGCCGCGACACCUUCGCCCGCAGCUGCGUCGACCUGAUCAAGAACCUGGGCUUCGACGGCAUCGACAUCGACUGGGAGUACCCGCAGAACCACGCCGAAGCCGCCGACUUCGUCGCCCUCCUGCAGGCCGUCCGCAGCGCCAUGGAUCACUACGCCUCCACGCUUCCCGAGUGGUACCACUUCGAGCUCACCGUCGCCUGCCCCGCCGGCGCGCAGAACUACCAGAAGCUCGACCUCCCCGCCAUGGACCGUCUCCUCGACUUUUGGAACCUAAUGGCCUACGACUACGCCGGUUCUUGGGACAGUCUAGCGGGCCACCAGGCGAACCUGCAGCCAUGCCAACGGAACCCCAGAGCUACCCCCUUCAGCACCGCCGCCGCCCUUUCGUACUACACGUCGCAAGGCGUAAACCCCAGCAAGAUCGUACUCGGCAUGCCGCUGUACGGCCGCGCCUUCGAGAACACGGACGGACCCGGCGCGCCCUACUCUGGCGUCGGCGAGGGGAGCUGGGAGAAUGGAGUCUUCGACUACAAAGUGCUGCCGCUGCCCGGUUCGCAAGAGCACGUCGAUGAGGAGACGGGCGCGAGCUACUCCUACGAUCCCAGCAGGAGGAAGAUGAUCACCUACGACAACGUACACAUGGCGCGCAAGAAGGGCGAAUACAUCAGAGGGUGGGGUCUCGGAGGCGGCAUGUGGUGGGAGAGCAGCGCCGAUAAGCCCGGCCAUGAGUCUCUUAUCGGCAACGUCGUGCAUGCGUUCGGAGGGCCGCACGCGUUGAUGCGACGGGACAACUGCAUCACCUACCCGGAGACCAAGUAUGAGAACUUGCGGAACGGGUUCCCAAAUCAAUGA